AUGAAAACCAUUGUAGCGUUCUAUGCCCCCGAUCCGAGCAACGGCGAAGACGAGAAGACCCUCGUGAAGAAGGAGCCGACCAGUCAGAAGGGGGCUAUUUCGUUCUCAGCGCAGCAGAACGGGCCUCACUGGGUCUGCGUCAGUCUGGACUCGUCCAACUACGCUCUUCCGGACGAUGCAUCGAUGCGCUUUGCAUUGAAGCUGAGCAUGGGCACGAGUCACGAAGAGUACCAGAACCUGGCGAAGAAGAAUCAGAUGGAUGAUCUUCACUUGGAAAUCAUGAAGCUUCGAGAUCGUGUCAGCGCUAUUCAGCGCAACCAAGACUAUGCCAAGGUUCGACGAUCGAUCUGCAUCAGUAUGUGUUGAACGCUAUGGUUCCUGACUGGUGACGACUUUUUGGUUGUUUUGCUAUCUGAAACAGGAGAAGAGCAUGACACUACAAUCGUCGAUUGAGAGCAGCAACCACCGCGCUACUUGGGUGUCUGUGCUACAGAUUGCCAUACUACUUGCCACUGGCUUCUAUCAGGCUAAGCACCUUCAAACAUACUUUCACAAGAGGAAGUUGGUGUAAUGCAGGCAUCGAAAGCUCCCAGCUCCGAGUUUUUUUCUUCGGGAAAAGACAAAUAUACGUCCUUGUAGGGAAAAUCCGGUUUGGAGUCCGAUUUUAUAAAUAGUACGUUUGUGUUUUGAUAAGCUAACAGCAAAACAAUGCUGUGUAUGAGAGACAACGUCGCGUUGUGCACGAAGAAGCUCUAAAAUUUGAAAAGCAAU